AUAUCUUUUUAAAACUUGUCGAGAGAGACGAUCUUGAUAUUGAAGAAAUUGAUCUUUGGAAAUAUUUGGUGAAAUGGGGAAAAGGUCAAUUAAUAUCUUCUAACGAAAAAUCUAAGAUGGAUGUCACUAAUUGGGAUAAAAAUGAUUUUGCAUCACUCAAAAAAUCUUUGGAUCCGUUUCUACCUCAUAUUCGAUUUCAUGAAAUUUCCAGUGAAGAAUUUUAUCAUCAUGUUAGGCCUUAUAAAAAAGCGAUACCGGAAGAUCUUUAUGAAGAUUUGAUGGCUUAUCAAAUGGCUAAUAUAACUCCCAAAAUUUCAAAAUUGCAUCCACGUUAUGGAUCUAUUAAUAUUGAUUCUGUUAUAAUUAAAAAGGAUAACGCUGCAAACAUCAUUAAUUGGAUCGAAAAAAGAACCACCUUCUCUAGGAAACCUUUUUAUCAAUUUAAGCUUACCUAUCGAGCAACACGCGAUGGGUUUGAAUAUAAUAAAUUUAUCGCGAAUAAUUGUAGUG